GCCGUGCCCCGAUCCCGCCGCGAGCUGCUCCAGAUCGACUUCUUUGCCGCGGCUUUGCGCGUUCCCUUCGUCAGCGUCGUCGGCAGCGGGCGCGCUCCGCCGUUCCGCUCUCAGAGCCCCUUCCACUUCCACAUGGACCGGCAGAGCUCGCUGGAGACGCUGGCAGAGGUGCUGGCGAGCAUCCUGCAGGCCCACGAGUGGCGCGAGGCCACGCUGGUGCUGUGCCGCCCCUGGGAUGUCACCGCCUUCCUCGACCGUGCACAGCUCUCCCUGCACACUGUGCUGGAUCUCCGCUGCCUGCAUGAGCCCAGGGCUGAGCGGUGCCUCCGGCAGCACCGGGAGCACUUGGGUGCCCUCUCCGGCCCCACGUUGGUGCUGGGCUGCGACCUUCGGCGCGCGCGGCGACUCUUCAGGGCGGCGGAGCGUGCGGGGCUGCGGGCGCAGGAGGUUUGCUGGGUGCUGGGCUCCCCGCUGCACGCCGCCGAGCUGCAGGGCGAGGGGCUGCCCGGGGGGCUGCUGGCCUUUGGGGAGGUGGGUGCUGCACCGCUGGAGGCCUUUGUGCGUGACGCAGUGGAGUUGGUGAGCCGUGCCAUCGGCGGCGCCGCCGCUGUGCGCCCCGACCUCGCACUCAACCCCCCCAUGGUGAACUGCAACGACCACAGCGGGGACAGCACUGAGUCCUCAGGGCGCUUCCUGACCCGGUUCCUAUCCAACACAUCUUUCCACGGGCAGACGGGGUUGGUGCGGGUGCAGGACGGGACGCGGGUGCGGACGGAGCAGCAGUACCGUGUGUGGAGCCUCCAGCGCGACCUGCAGGGACGGCCUGCCUGGGUGACAGUGGGCACGUGGCAGCACGGCAAGCUGCAGCUGGAGGAGGGCGUGUGGCAAAGCCACCUCCAGCGCAAAGCACCCGCAGAGGGGAACGGCGGCACGCGUGCGCGGCUGCGGGUGGUGACGCUGGUGGAGCAUCCCUUCGUCUUCACACGGGAGGUGGAUGAGGAUGGGAGCUGCCCCGCUGGGCAGCUCUGCCUGGACCCCGGCACCAAUGACUCGGCCGUGCUGGAUGCGCUCUUUGAGGAGCUGAGCGCUGAGAACGGCUCUGUGCCACGGGAGUACAAGAAGUGCUGCUAUGGGUACUGCAUCGACCUGCUGGAGCGGCUGGCUGAGGACGUGCCCUUUGAUUUUGAGCUCUACAUUGUGGGCGAUGGGAAAUACGGCGCGUGGAAGAACGGGCGCUGGACGGGGCUGGUGGGGGACCUGCUCAGCGGCACGGCCCACAUGGCCGUCACCUCCUUCAGCAUCAACUCAGCACGCAGCAAAGUCAUCGACUUCACCAGCCCCUUCUUCUCCACCAGCCUGGGCAUCCUGGUGAGGACCAAGGACACGGCGUCGCCCAUCGGGGCCUUCAUGUGGCCCCUGCACUGGACCACGUGGGUGGGCAUCUUCGUGGCCCUGCACAUGACCGCACUCUUCCUCACCCUUUACGAGUGGAAGAGUCCCUACGGAAUGACCCCCCACGGCCGCAACCGCAUGAAGAUCUUCUCCUACUCCUCAGCCCUCAACCUCUGCUACGCCAUCCUCUUUGGGCGCACCGUCUCCAGCAAGACGCCCAAGUGCUGCACCGGCCGCUUCCUCAUGAACCUCUGGGCCAUCUUCUGCCUCCUGGUGCUCUCCAGCUACACGGCCAACCUGGCGGCCGUCAUGGUGGGCGAGAAGACCUUCGAGGAGCUCUCGGGCAUCCACGACCCCAAGCUGCACCACCCCUCGCAGGGCUUCCGCUUUGGCACCGUAUGGGAGAGCAGUGCCGAGGAGUACAUCAAGAAGAGCUUCCCCGAAAUGCACGGGCACAUGUGGCGUUACAAUGUCCCCACCACCCCCGCCGGUGUCACCAUGCUCAAGACGGAACCCCCCAAGCUCAACGCCUUCAUCAUGGAUAAGUCCCUGCUGGACUACGAGGUGUCCAUAGACUCCGACUGCAAGCUGCUCACCGUGGGGAAGCCUUUUGCCAUUGAAGGCUACGGCAUCGGCCUCCCCCAGCACUCGCCACUGACCUCCAAGCUGUCGGAGUUCAUCAGUCGCUACAAGUCAGCCGGUUUCAUGGACCUGCUGCACGACAAGUGGUACCGCAUGGUGCCCUGCGGCAAGCGCGUCUUCGCUGUCACUGAGGUGGGGCAGCCGGGCCUGGGGGAG